CGGCUCAAGAAUUUCAAGAAAGCAAAGACGACAAAGAAUGCAAAUUCCCGGAGUAAUGCUAGUCCAGAUUAUCACAGUGGUAGACGUUUGUUUGGUGAUGAAUGCGCAUUUUGCCAUUCGUUUCGAAUUACGGAGCCUUCUCGAAUGAAAUAUGGUGCUUCUCGGCUCAAGAAUUUCAAGAAAGCAAAGACGACAAAGAAUGCAAAUUCCCGGAAAAAUGCUAGUCCAGAUUAUCACAGUGGUAGACGUUUGUUUGGUGAUGAAUGCGCAUUUUGCCAUUCAUUUCGAAUUACGGAGGCUUCUGGACCUAUGUAUUGCUACAAGAUGGAAAACUCACUGCAUUGGAGGAAGCAAACCAGCCUGAUGGAAUAUAUGUUCAUGAAAAGUGCGUUGUAUGGGUUCCCCAAGUGUAUUUUUCUGAAGAAAUCGUGAAAAACUUUGAGUUAGAACUAAAGCAAGCAUCAAAGUUAAAAUGCAGCAAAUGUGGGUUGAAAGGUGCUACUCUUGGUUGUUAUGAUAACAACUGUCUUAAGAGCUAUCAUGCCACUUGUGCAGUUCAAAUCCCAGAUUGUCGAUGGGAUUAUAGAACUUUUCAUGUGUUGUGCCCUUCUCACUCUUUGGGAAAAUUACCAUGGGAUGAUGAUUCUGGGAAGAACAACAGUACACAUCUCCCAUCUAUUCAGAUAGAAUCUUCUAAACCUUCGGGGAAGCUAAAAGAUGAUCGAAAUGAUAAUUGUGUUGCUGCAAUGGAUGUUUCAAAUGAAAUGAUAUUCAUGGGCUCUGAUCUCAUGGCUUCAGAAAAGAACCUCCUUGUUGAAUUGGCUAGCUUGAUUGGUGGAAAGGUGAUUGAAAGAUGGACGCCUGAGGUAACACACGUCAUUGUUUCAACUAGUGAGUGUGGUGCUUGCAGAAGAACAUAUGAUUUCCUAUUGGCUGUUUUGAGUUGGAAAUGGAUUCUCACAACAAAGUGGGUUAAGGUUAGCUUGGAGUUAGGACAUCUGGUCGAGGAAGAGCCAUUUGAAGUCAGGUUUGAUGAAAAAGGUUUUGUAGAUGGACCCAAGAAAAGAAGGCAUAGUAUAAUCGACAAGGUUUGUGCUUUCUAUCCUGUAUGCUCAAUGAUGUUUAACUCAAUUAUUGCAUUGCUUCAAAGUCGGCUUGGUCAUGAUCAAGAAUUUGUAGUUGCUAAACAUGCUAACAUCUGUUAUAAAGCAUAUAUUAUGCAUAGCAUGCUAAAUAUUGGGCAUUUCUGUGUCAGGCAAAAAACUUAUUUGCAGGUCUGCACUUUUAUAUAAGCAAACACUUCGAUCAAUCAUCUGAACAGUCUCUUCGAGAACUUGUUGUGGCUAGUGGUGGAUGUUGAGUUUUUCGGGCCGCGAAACCAUUUUUUCGCGUCGCGGAAACCCCGAAAUCCAGCCACCGGA